AUGAACAUCAUCGGCACCGAUGCGAACACUCAGUCGGCAAUAGAUAUUGUCCGAGAGCAUGUGUUCUUCAACCCUAAAGGGAGGCAUGACUGGCAAUCGAAGCCAGAAUUUCCCACUGCGGCUGAGAUCCUUGCCACGCAGUCUGACAUUGACGAGCUACCCGAGAACCCCGUCGACGUUCCUUGGUCCUCCAAAGAGGACUACCUGGCUGCUCAGUAUGAGAUCCUACGCCGCGAAGCCACUGAGGGUCUGCGAUAUUCCGUAAGGAGCUUCGCAGACCACCGCCGCAAGGAGUCGAUGAUGGAUGACGAUUUCACAAAUAUUUACACGCAGGUUCGAGCCAAGGAAUAUGUGAUGUCGACUAUCGGCCCGCUUGCCCGAGUCUCGUUCUCUACCGAGCGGUCAAGGUACCGUAUUCAAUGGCAGCAAUCGAAGCGGCUCCAGCCGGGAAAAAUUGUGGCUCUGUCACCAAAGAGCGACAGCUUCAAGAAGAUCUGCAAGAUCGCAACGAUUGCACAGCGCCCCUACAAAAAUGGACUCGACCAGGACCCUCCCGUCGUCGACCUCGUUUGGGCUAACCCCGAGGAUGCCGUCCUCGACCCACAUCUUGAGCUGAUCAUGAUCGAGUCGCUGCAUGGUUACUUCGAGUCCGCUAGACAUUCACUGGUUGGUUUGCAACAUGCUGCAAGGACUGAUUCACCUUUGGACAAGUACUUGACCGGAGCCUAUACCAGUGACGCACACCCCGAGUUCCUCAAGGAAAACCCGAUUACGGACCUCUCUACCCUUAUCACUGCAGCCACUUCCAAGGACUCUGAAGAGAUGACAGAGUGGGGGGCAUACGACAUCGUCAACGGUGCCCUCCCUGACUUGAAAGACCUCACCUUCUUGGAUGAGUCCCAGUUACUUGGCCUUCAUCGCAUCAUAUCCAAGGAGCUUGCGAUUGUGCAGGGCCCACCUGGCACCGGUAAAACGUACACCUCCGUCGAAGCACUUAGGGUCUUGGUUGCCAACCGUAGGCGGCGGCGGGGUCCUCCCAUCCUGGUAGCCGCCCAGACAAAUCAUGCUUUGGACCAGAUUCUCAUACACUGCGUCAGAGCCGGAACCAAUGUCCUUCGAAUUGGCGGUAGAACGCAGAGCGAUCUCAUCAAGCCAUACACUUUGUACGAAGUACGCCAGAAGUGUGGGCGAAAUCAGAUCCCCGCGGACAACAAGUGUAGAAGCAUUGAUGCUAGGCGCCAGGAGAAUGUCAGGAAAAUCCAGGAACUUGUUGAUUCUCUGUUCAGCAAUCGCCUCUUGGACCCACAAACGCUCUUGGACUUCGGCAUCAUCACCGCAGACCAGUACAGCUCCCUUUGCGACGAGUCGAUGGAAACCCAUGAAGCCAUAAAUGAACACGGCCCCUUCGCGCUCUGGCUGGGAGACAGCCUCAUUCCCGCCAGAAUUCGUGAUGAACGCCAUCCGACACAACUUGAGCUGAGCGAGGCGGAGGCGCGCAAGAAUCUCCCCGAGUGUGAGUGGGAGGACGAAGAAGACAUCGAAAACAUCGCCUAUGAUGAGGAGGACGAGUUAUACCGCCUUCGCGGUCCAGUCAUUCCACUAAAGCACGUAUGGUCGGGUAAAGACCCAGCAAACCUAACAAGCUGGGACCGUGCCGUCGCGCGAGCACUCCGGAAUCAGGAUCUGUUCAGCAUCGACCGCGACCUGCGCGGCGCUGUCUACCAGCAUUUUCAGGCCAGAUUGCUAGACGCCAUGACCCCAAAGUUUGCUGCGUUGAUCGCCGAGAACGUGGACCUCUGCAAGCAGCGUAAAGCGUUCAAAUUCCUUGGCAACGCCCAACUCGUCGACAAGCAGAGGAUCGACAUUGUCGGCUGCACCACUACUGGGUUGACUAAAUAUCGCGGAUGCCUUGCCGCAAUGCAGCCUCAGUCUCUUCUUAUCGAGGAGGCUGCCGAGACCCGUGAGGCCAACAUCGUCUCUGCUCUGUACCCUUCGAUUCAGCAACUCAUCUUGGUCGGUGACCACAAGCAGCUUGCACCAAAGUGCGACAUUUUACGACUCGGCGAUGCGCCUUACAACCUCAAUGUCUCGCUCUUCCAGAGAAUGGUCAACCUGAACAUGCCGUUUGUGAUGCUCAAGCAACAGCGCCGCAUGAAGCCAGAGCUCCGUUAUAUUCUGGAGCCGUUCUACCCGGAGCUCUACGAUCACCCAUCGGUGGAGUCUAUCAACCAUCGUCCUGAUGUUCUCGGAAUGGGCGGCCGCAACUCUUGGCUCUUCGACCAUACCUGGCCCGAGGACGUGAAUUCAGAUUUCAGCAAAUUCAACGAACGAGAAGCCGAAAUGAUUACGAACUUCUUCGCGUAUCUCGUAGCGAACGGCACUCCUUCUGAAAGGAUCACGGUUCUCACAUUCUACAAGGGCCAGUGCAAGGUCUUGUUGAGAAAGCUAAAGCGUCACCCUUCGAUUAUGGGCUCCAUAUUCAAUGUGUGUACUGUAGACUCCUACCAGGGCGAGGAAAACGAUAUCAUCCUCUUGUCACUCGUCCGGAGUCCUCAGUUCGACCGCGCAUAUGCUGUCGGCUUUCUGGAAGAUGAACGCCGUGCCGUCGUCGCCAUCAGCCGUGCUCGUCGGGGAUUCUACGUCUUUGGAAACGUUGAGAACGUCCUUGGCGCUCACCAAGCCUCUCACGACCUCUGGUACAAUAUCUGCUCGGGUUUUGCAAAGCAGGGGCGCAUCCAGAGGGAGCGAGGUCUCCCUCUUGUAUGUCAGCCCCACAACAGAGAAAUAUGGAUAAAGGAAGUCGAAGACUGGGGAGACAACUCUGGUGGGUGUGACUUGCCUUGCAAGCAAACUCGAAACUGCAGCCACUUCUGCACUCUUAAGUGUCAUGCUCUUCCGCAUGACGUCCUCCCAUGCGGUGAACCGUGCCGCGAAACGCUGGAGUGCGGCCAUGGCUGCCAGAAGUUGUGCGGGCAGAAGUGUUUCUGCGACUGCAAGGAAUUCGAGGUGCUCACUGGAGCUAUCCAGACUGCGGUUCAGAGCAUGUCCUUAAUGGACAAGAUGAGACUGAUGGGGGCAGAGGAGACAGAGAUGUUCAAGCUGAACAGCCGAAGCGCGAUACCCCAGCCGUCCCGGUCUGUUCGGAAGCUUCCUGUUCCAGAGCAGCCUGUUUUGUCAAGCGGAAACGGAAAUGGCAGACACACCCAGCCACUGAUGCAAACUUUUCCAAUCCAAACAGCACAAUCCGCAGCGCGAUGGGGAGAUUAUGCCGAGAGCUUGAAACAAGAGCACGAGCUGCUAACCCGACACAAUCAUCUCGCCACUGCACAACCACGGAGGCAAGAGAUAGUCGUCAACGACGUCUAUCAACCGACCACCCUCGCAGAUGGCAAGAGAGUCGGAAGAGGCAGCAAACCAGGCGGUUAG